AUGAAAAAUGGCGAAAAUGGAUUGGUUUAUGAUAUACAUAAAGUUAGCAGUGCAUCGGUAGCUCGUGGAACGCCAAUUAACACAAAAGUUAUCGGAAAAUACGAUUCACCGAAACAUGUUAUUUUGAAAAAUUCUAAAAUUGAUUAUAAUUUGCAGAAAACUUAUCUUAUCUUGGGUGCAAUGAUACCAAAAACUCCGAAAGGCAGCUUAUUUAUAGAAUAUUUAGAAGGAAAAGGUCAUGGUCAUUUAGAUUCUCAACUUCGUUGUGCUUAUCGAUUUACGAUAAUAUUCGCUGACAUGUUCAAUUUCACAAUAAAAGUCAAAAGAGCCAGCAGUUCGGGAUAUUUGAAGCCUUAUAGCAGCAACUGGAGUGGCGUCACAGGAAUGAUGCAAAGGAAAGAAAUUGACAUCUCAAAUGCCGCCAUGGUUUACAGUGUUCCAAGACAUCCUGUAAUCGACAGUGGACUUGCUGCAUCAAAAUUCCGACAAUUUUUCCUAUUUCGACACCCAUCAGGAGCUGGACAUCAAAUUAACGUUUAUUUAGCGCCCUUGGAUUAUUUGGUGUGGAUUUCAAUUCUCUUAGUUUCUCUCUUAGCAGCUUUUAUUUUUUACGUAAUUUUCAUUUACGAAAAAAAACUUGAUGGAGGAGAUGCUAAUCCAUUCACGACAUCAAUUCUCAUUGUUGUUGGAGCUUUGGCGCAACAAGGAGUCGACACGGCACCGUCAUUUCACUCGCGCAUCGGUUACUUUUUCUUCUUGUUGUUGGCAUUUUUCUGCUUUCAAUUCUAUUCGGCGCAAAUUGUGGGAAGUUUAUUGGCGCCCGAACCUCGUACAAUCACUAAUUUGAAACGACUUCGAAUGAGCUCCUUGAAAAUGGUCUUGGAAGAUGUGCCUACAAGUACUCCAAUGUUUAACAUUUCGAACAAUGACGAUGCUGUGGAAUUAUAUUUGAAACGAGUACGUGGCAAGGAAGUUUUCAUGAAAACGGUUGAAGAUGGAAUUCUCAAAGUUAAAGAAGGCGGUUAUGCAUUUUUUACUUUUAUUGAUUAUGCUUAUGAUGUGGCGAAAAAAAUGUUAUCUACUGAGGAAAUCGAUGAAUUGCAAGAAAUUCCAAUUUUUCACAAGGAUCAAUCAGAAAAUAUUUACUUACCCGUGCAGAAACAUUCUCCAUUCAAAGAACCCAUUCGAAUCGGAAUGUUGAGAAUAACUGAAGCAGGCAUUAAAGAUUAUUGGAUGAAUUUGUGGACAGCAAAACCCCCAAUCGGAGAUUUAAGUUUUUGGAAAUUUGCUGUGGUUGAUUGGAAUCGAUUUAAAAGUUUGUUUUAUUUUUUGUGUAUGGGAUUGGCUUUCAGUUUGAUAUUGUUUAUUGGUGAAAUAAUUGUGGCACGAUAUGUUGAUAAAGCUACCAAAGGUUUGUUAACUGAAGAUGAGAAAUAA